UCCGUUUAUGUGAAUUGCAUGAAUGAAUUCGACGAAUUUGGUUCGUUGGUUUCACUAUUUUUUUUUUUAUUUCCUCAAGCAAAGUUAAACAAGCUUGAAGAAUCACCGUCUUUUCCCUUUCCCUCUCAACUUACAUUAGUAGAUAUACUUAUAAAGCCAACUCUACUCUUUCUUUUUUCAAGUCAUACGCCUAAAAAAACUAGUAUAAUAGAGCAUGUCAGCUACUACUAUAGACAAUAUUCGACACAAAGGUCAUGUCAAAUUUUUUAAUUCAGUGAAAGGAUUCGGUUUUAUAAUACCUGAUAGACCGACGGAAGGAAAUGAGAAUGAAGAGGUGUUUGUUCAUCACACGGCUAUCUAUAACAACGGUGGGUUCAAAAGCCUGGCAGAGGUAAUAAAGGUUAUCUGUAUUUUUUAUCAAUUCUGCCAUUAUCUUUUCUAAUUUUGAAAAUUAAUGCAACUUUGCAAAUGCUAUGCUCUGAUAUUUGUCUGCAGGGUGAGGAGGUAGGCAGAAAAUGUUAUUUUUUUAUAGUACUGGAUCAGUUGCUGACUGAAUAACUGCAGGUCGAAUUUGAUUUGAUUCAAGGACCAAAGGGCAUGCAGGCAUCAAACGUCACUGGCCCUGAUGGAACUCCGGUGAAAGGUGAUCCUAGAGCACCAUAUCACCGAAAUCAAGCAAGGUAAGCUCUAAAGACCAGCCUCGUCAGAUAUUGGAAUAAUUUUGGUUAAUUUAAAAAACAUUAUGCUUAGUGGGGGCUAUCG